AUGGAUAACUCGGCAGACUUUUCCUCUUUCCAAGAAAAAGUGACAGCUGCUUUGAUCAAGAGCACUCAGACUGUCAAGAAAAUCGGAGACGAGGACGUCGACUUCCACCGCACAUCAAGCACUGAAUUCGCCGAAAACCUAGACGAACAGAGCACCCGGAUACUUUCCCUCACCUCAUCCUUACUCAAAGUCGCGACUGGCGGCACCGACAUCAACCCCCCCGUUCUCGAAGAUGAAGACGCGAUCGAAGACAACUGGCGUGGCAUUGUGGAUGUCAUUGAUAAUUUGCUCGAAAAGGCAGAUGCAUGUCUUGAUGAGUUCACUGGCAUCAUCAAAAAAUUGAGUCCUCCACAGCAAGAUCGCAUUCGUGAGGCGAGCACUCGACAGCAAGAGAAAAAGUUUCCGACCAUUUACGACUAUGGCCCAUCCAAGAUUCCUAAACCACAGCUCCAAUUUCGCAAUGCACCAAACAACCACGACACAGCGCCAUUCCGUCCUUUACUCAAAUCCAAGCCGCAUGCCAUCGUACCACUAGAGAAGUCGCUUCAAUUGGUCGAGACAGAAAAGAAACCAGCAUUCUACCCAAACCCUUAUGAAAAAGAGAUCCGCGAUGCCAAGUAUCCCGAGUCAGCCUACGUCGUCGCACCGCCAGUCGAGUUCGGUCCUGUCGAAACCACACAAGCUGUCUGGGUCGAUACUCCCGAAGGAGUGACCGAAAUGGUCAAGGAGCUCAAAAAGGCAAAGGAGAUUGCUGUCGACUUGGAGCACCACGAUGUGCACACGUACUAUGGACUUGUUUCAUUGAUGCAAAUCAGCACUCGUGACAAGGACUGGGUAGUCGACACACUUCAGCCAUGGCGCGAAGACUUGCAGCAGUUGAAUGAAGUUUUCGCCGAUCCCAACAUCCUCAAAGUCCUUCAUGGUUCUACAAUGGAUAUUGUUUGGCUUCAACGAGAUUUGGGUCUGUACGUCGUGGGCUUGUUCGAUACAUAUCAUGCUGCGGUAGCUUUGGGAUUGUCCAAGCGAAGUUUAAAGUUCUUGCUGGAAAAAUAUGCGCAUUACGAGGCGGACAAGAAAUAUCAAAUGGCUGACUGGCGCCUGAGACCGUUGACAGAGGAAAUGUUGAAAUAUGCUCGUGCCGAUACCCACUACCUUCUCUAUAUCUACGAUUGUCUGCGCAAUGAACUCCUGGAAAGGUCUACACCAAAGAGAAACCAGAUCGACUAUGUGUUGGAACGAUCAAAGACUGAAGCUUUGCAGCGCUACGAACGACCUGUCUAUGACAUGGCUGGUGGACAAGGCGCUGGCGGCUGGUACGACCUAUUGAGCAGAAAUUCGGCACUUUUCUCGAAAGAACAGUUUGCAGUCUUCAAAGCAGUUCACGAAUGGCGGGAUCGAGUUGCGCGUGAGGAAGAUGAAGGCUUACAAUGCGUUUUCCCUAGACAUAUGCUCUUCAAAGUGGCCGUGGCCAUGCCUGUCGAUAGGCACACUCUUUUCAAAACACUUUCGCCAGUUACUUUGAUCGUGAAAGACAGAAUCAACGAGCUGCUAGCUCUUAUUAAGAAGGCGAAGAUUGAGGGUGCGACUGGUCCUGAGCUACGCGAUGUCAUCAAACCAAGGAAGACUGUUGAAGAAGCUAUUUUAUCCGCUACUAAGCCAUCCCCACUUUUGACCGGAGAGCCCACUGUGGUUUCAGUUGUCCGAGCAGACUCGUCGCAAUUCUGGGGCGCGGCAUUGCAAGCAGCGGAGUCAGCCGUGGUUCCACCUAACUACAAGGUAGCGGCAUCACUUGAAGCUCUGCGGUUAUCUGUUCCUAUUCCUCCCAUGCCUGUGACUGUGUCUGAAGUUCGCCAAAUGGUUCAGGAGACGACCACUCCUGCUGUGACUUCCGUGGAACCAUCACCAAUGAACACACCUUCGACAAACAAGGCAGAUAAGAGGAGUGACAUUUUCACAGUGAAGGAAGUGGCCCCACGACACAAGAGAAAGGCGAUAGAAGUGGUAGAAGACUCUGACGAGACGUCCUCUAGCGGCGGCAGUAGCGCAAGCGAAAGUGAGAGCUCAAGUUCAAGCGAAGAAGAAGAAAGUGAAGAAGAAAUCCAAGUCCAAAAACCCCCCACCAAAAAAUCACGCAAGGAGAAAAAACCACAGAGAAAGCCUCAAGAGGAGGACACAAUCCCAUUCGACUACAACGCGGCAUCCUCAGUCUUGCACUCAGAGGACAUGGCGGCAGCGGCGGCAGCGGCAAAUCUACCGAAUCAGAAGAAGUAUUUCAACCCUUAUGCCAAGUCCUUGAAUGCGCCUAGCGGGGUACGGAAACAGAAGAAGGAGACGAGUGGACGGACGUUUACAUUUAGAUAG